CAAAGUCACCUGCCUUCGCGAAGGACAACUCCAGGUCGCCCAAUACCCACCUGCGAAUCACCACGACCUUUCCCCACAUCGCCCUCGGUCAGCUCAGGCUUGUAGCCGUCGAACACAGCGCAGUCGCCAUGUCGUCCUUCUCUCGUUUGUCGUCGUCAAAUAUGCGACUUUUGCCCCUUGCCCGUGCAUCUCGACGCCCUGCGGGCCAAGUGCGGUUUGCACAUGGUGAGGCCGACCACGCUGCGCAUGGCCACCACGGCGGCCACGCUCCCUACCACCACCUGCCCUUCACCUAUUACAACAAGAAGGCGUUCGCCGUCAAGUUUUCGGUCUUUUGCCUCACAGGCUUCUCGCUGCCCUUCGUCGCCGUAGCCUGGCAGUUGCACAAGUCCGGCGGCGCAACUGUUGCAUGAGCGGGUCGUCUCAUAUUGCGAAUGUACCCUGCGGACGCGGCACAGGAUGUAGCUGGCGUGUGUAUCAUCACUAUCAGAACGUAUUCACAGCAUUGUAGAUAUAGCCUAUUGAAGUUUCCUUGUUUUUCGGUCCAAUACCCUGCGCCCAGCGUAGUGUACAACGACUGAGCGUGUUGCUGUCGAAACGGUUAUCAUUUGUGGAUGACGCAGUGAGGAUAGAGGGACGAGGGGCUCGAAAGGCGGUAAGCGAGAAGCAACGCUGUCGUGGGGGAUUGCAGCGCACGUAGUACUGAAGGCUAAAACUGUGCAGACGAAGGGUAACAAACCACAUACAAACGACGUUGUUGUU